AUGACUGGCGCGUCCUGGGAACUUAAAGGCGAAUCCAAACGCCAGUCAAUUCUAAAUGCCAUCCCCGAGAGAUGGCGAUUGGAAUAUCCUGUCCCUUCAGCUACAGAACUACGCGAUGUCACGGGGGAUUAUAUCCGACAAUACCUCACCGAGCGUGAGAUUAAGAUCACAGAGACAGAUGCUGUAGACAUUGUGGCCCAGACAUCUACAGGCCGCUGGUCAGCCCUGGAAGUGACAGAAGCCUUCUGUCACCGUGCUGCACUAGCUCACCAACUUGUCAACUGUCUCCACGAAGUAUUUUUCGAAGCAGCGAUUGAAGAUGCCAAACAGAAAGACGAAUACUUUGCAAAGCACAAAACCCCGAUAGGACCCUUGCAUGGCCUACCAGUCAGUCUAAAAGACCAGUUCCACGUGAAAGGCGUCGAAACCACAAUGGGUUACGUAGGCUGGAUAAAUACCUUCCAAGGCAACCAGAAUGACCCCCGCAGUGGCACAGAAGAAAGCGAACUCGUCCGCGAACUGCGCAAUCUCGGUGCAGUUCUGUACUGUAAGACCAGCGUGCCAGCCACCUUAAUGACUGGUGAAACUAUCAACAACAUCAUCGGCUAUACCUGGAACCCGAAGAACCGCCUGGUGUCCUGCGGCGGCAGCUCUGGCGGCGAGGGCGCUCUCAUGGCGCUCCGCGGUUCGCCUGCGGGUUUCGGCACUGAUAUCGGAGGCAGUGUGCGUAUCCCGGCUGGGUUUAAUUUCCUCUAUGGGCUUCGUCCUUCAUCGGGCAGGAUGCCUUAUCAGGGCGCUGCGAACUCGUUAGAUGGCCAGAGCACCAUGCUGUCUGUUAUUGGACCAAUUGCACCAACUGCGAGGGCUUUGACGCUUUUGUUCAAGGCUGUGCUUGGACAGCAGCCUUGGCUGUAUGAUCCGCUUGCUUUGGAGCUACCGUGGCGGGAUGAGGUUGUCCGGGAGACCAAGGAGUUGAUUGAGAAGGCUCGGGCUGGAGAGUCGACGCUUGCAUUCGGAUUUAUGAAAUACGACAACAUGGCCACCAUUCACCCUCCUAUUGCCCGAGGGCUCAGGAUUGUUGAGAAAACGCUACGGCGCUUAGGUCAUCGAGUUGUUGAGUGGAAGCCUCCUUCUCACGCUAUCGCGGUUGAAAUAUUUAAUAAAAUAUUCAACAUGGACGGUGGCGCUGACUUUGAGCAUCAUUUUGGUCUAUCUGGAGAACCUCGAGCGGCGCAAGUAAUCGGUGCCCGUGAUGGUGUUGAGAUGACAGCAUCUGAGAUUGCCGCCCUCAACGUUGCAAAGCGUGAGUAUCAGAAACAGUACAUGGACUACUGGCAUAGCACAGCCAAGUUGACAGGCACGGGACGCCCUGUUGAUGGGAUCUUUUGCCCAUUGGCGCCUCAUGCUGCAGUGAUUCCCAACCAAUAUAAAUCUGUGGGAUAUACCGGAUUUGUGAACGUGCUUGACUAUACUAGUAUUGCGAUUCCAGUCACGUUUGCCGACAAGAAGGUCGAUGUACAACCGGCUGAUGCAUCUGUGAAUGAUUUUGAGCACAUUCAGUGGGAUUAUGAUGCUGAGGCCUACGAUGGGGCCCCAGUGGGAGUGCAAUUGGUAGGCAGGAGAUUGCAGGAAGAGAAGAUGUUGACUCUAGCUGAAUACCUGGGCGAAGAAAUUGCUCAAGAUGCGAAAUAG